AUGCGAUUAGUAGGAAACUUAAAACAUCGAGUCCCAUAUAGUAUUCAAGACUUUUCAUAUGAGAUUGAUAAUUGGGAAAUCGAGGUUUUUGAAAAUGUUAAAAUUGAUAAUAGUAAACCUUUUUCUCAGAGUCAUUCCACCUUUACAGCUUUAAGAGCUGUUAUGAGCCUGACAAUCGAUUUGCCGGCCCGUCUGUUCAAAUUCGACUCAACAGGUUUUUCACUCUUAGUAAGUUUCUUCUUUUUUUGUAACAUUAUAUUCUUCAAAGACCUACCUAGCAUGCUGAAGAGGAUAAUUAGAUUCAAAUAUAAUUUUUAAAAAAAUGUUUUUAUCUUGGGAAAUCUAACUUUCAUUUUGCUUUCUAUCUUUAAAUAUUUCCAUGUUAUAAAUCUUUUUUUUUCAGUUUCUUCAAAAGGAACAGUUCUCCUGCGUUCGGAAACGUCCAGCCGGUGUGUUUCGAGAACAAUAUUGCUGGAAUCCGGAUUCAUGGGGAAUUUUUUUCAUUCGCCGAAAUUCAACAGGAGGAAUUGAAGCCACUGUACAUUUUUUUCCUGCACUUUUUGAUUUUUUUCCUGAUUUUUCCAGCACUCAUACUCUCGAGUUAGAGAGCAACGACCUCCUGAAAACGGUUGGAAGUCUGCUCCGAGUUAUCAGAUGCGAAGAUUGUCUGAGAAAGUAAGUUAGAAAAAAGGGUCUUCUUAUAAAAAGUUUUUCCGAGACAAGAUGGAAAACUUUUUUUCCUGAUUAUUUUGAGCCCCUCGCAGUUUUUUUUAUCCGCUUUUGAAUAAAAAUUUAUCAUUAUUUAUCUUAUGUUUUCUCAUUUUUAUAGUAUAUCCAAGUAGGUUUGUCUAUAAUGAUUUUUUUAUCAAUUUUUUGAGAGUUUCUUUUUCGUUAGUUUUUUUUAGAUGUGGCAUGAGUUCAUUUAAUUCUUAAAUAAGCUUCAAAUCAUAAUUUUCAGGGUUUGUGAACUUUGCUCGCGAUCUGACGCAGUUGACUACGAGUCAUGGCGUUCUCUUGUGAAAUUGGGAGCUUGGUUUAAUCACGGAAAAGGCCCGAAAUUCUUCAUCAGCUUUUUUACAUUGCAUGGAACCGGUGGCCCUGAUGGAGGCUUCGCUCGGGCGGAAGAUGUGAAUUUUUGGAAAGUAUGAAGAAAAACUUUUUUUUUUGAAGAUUGACUUGGAGGAUGACGAGAUGAAGGCUCAAAAAGCUUUGCAAGCAAUUAAUCGGCUUUUGAAUGCUGAAAGAAAGCAGCGGGAAGCGGAGGUUCGCUAUGAAAAAAUUAAUUUGUAUCGCAAGAAGGCCUCUAAGAACUCAAAGUUGAAAGGAUGGUUUUCAGGAACGUAAAUUGGUCAAAAAGCGUGAGGAUGUGAAGGUGGACAGUGAGCCGAUAAAUUCCAAAAAAGAGAAUUUGCCGCAAAAAAGUUCUACAGAACAGAAGAGGUCGCAGAACCAUGCGGAAUCGCGAAAACAUGUGAAAUACAAAACAUUGGAUGAAAAUAAUGAAACUGAGCAUUUCAGGAGCGAAAGGUCGAGAGAAAAAACGAUCACUACAAGGCAGAAGCGGAAAAAAGGAACGAGCAGGUUCGUUUUUCAGCUUUUGAAAACGCCAUUUUGGGCGCCAAAGAUGAAGCUAACAACUACAAAUUUCAGGAGCAAAACGUCAUCAAGGCGCCUGAAAAGCAAAAAAUCGUGAGUUUGCGUGAGGCACUUGACACGGAAAGGGCUCAAAAUUCUGAAGAUCCUCCAAAAAAGGUUGAGAGAAAAAAGUUUACAAUUUUGAAUAACGGAUUAUAGAAGCAAAACGACUCUCAGCAGGUCAAACCAGUCGGAGAAAUGUCGAAAGAACACGAGAAAAAUGUCUCUUUUGGUUUUCAUGAAACUGUUGGCCCAAAUGAAGGAAAUCAGGACCAAGUCCGGGCGAAAAAUGUAAUAUUCAUUGAAAAAAUGAUUCAAAAAAAAGAGGUUUUUUUCUGAAGGUUGAUUUGGAUGACGACGUGAUGAAGGCUCAACGAGCCCUUCAAAACGUUCAGCGCGCUUUGGAGGCUGAAAGGAAGCAGCGGGAAAAGGAGGUUUGCUAUGAAAAAAUAUUAUUUUAAGAAAGGCUCUGCGCCUUUAAGAACUAAGGAUCGAAAUUAUGCUUUUCAGGAGGAUAAAUUGACCAAAAAGCGCGAUUCGGAGGUUGUGAAGAGUGGCAGCGAGCCGGAAAAGUCGAAAAAAGAGAACUUGUCGCGAAAAAAAUCUACAGAACAGGAGGGGUCGCAGAAUCAUGGGGAUUCGCGGAAACAGGUAAAUCGAACGGAAUUGACCUAAGCCAAAAAAAAAGAGCACGCAGAAAACGACAUUUUCAAAUUUAAAGCCAACAAUUACAAAUUUCAGGAGGAAAACGUCAUCAAGGCGCAUGAAAAGCAGAAAAUUGACACGGAAAAGACUCAAAAUCGUGAAGAUCCUUCGAAAAAGGUUCCGAAAAAAAGUCUAAUUUUUCGAAUAUUUGAUGGUUUUAGGGUCAAAACGACUCUGUGCAGGUCGUGGCGGAAGAACACGAGCAAGAUGCGUCGGAGGUUUCUUCCAUUUUCAUUCAAAAACCUUGAAUAUUUCAGGACGAUGCUCCGGAGGACGAGAUCAUGGCCUCGAGCGAUUCUGAGGAAUCGGAAAAGUCUGAUGAAUCGGAUGGCGACGAUUAUCAGGGAAAAGUGGCUAUCCAUAAAGUGACUGAAAUUUUUUUUCCAGAAAUCUAAAAUUUUUCAGCUAUUGGGAGCGGAAAAAAUGGUCCUGAGAAAUAGAAAUAAGGCUCCCAGUCCGAAACGGAGGAAAUUGGAGGCUGGAGUCGAGGAGAAAGAAAACUCGGAGAAUAUUGAAGAAGUUUCCGAGCUUCACAAGGUUAUCAACAUAAAUUAUCUAGACUACUUUAGUGACCCCUAUUUUCGCAAAGGUUCUAUCUUUUAUCCUUGGAAUUUCUACAGAAAGAAAACUGUGAUGAACAGUGGAACUUACUAUUUUCAAAGCUGAAAACCAUUUUUGAAAUUAUAGUAAUGUUCUGUAGACCCUUCGUCAAUUUAUUAUCUAAUAAGAAAGACUCAAAUUCAAUAUUCUUGUUCAGGAAGCUAGAGAUAAGGACAUUUUUGAAAAAACGAUUGAUGUCUCGGAUUUUGACCCCGAAGAACUGAAUAUUUCCCUCAGCGACAGGAAAGUGUCUAUCGAAGCUGAACAUGUGACCGAAAAAGAGCAGGAAGCUCUUAGCAGGUAAUUUGAGCAGAACAUGUGCGCUCUAUGGCGAACGCGCUAUUUUCUCAUCGUUCCGAGACCUUUUCUUGACAUUCCAUUUAAAAAAUCACCUAGGCUACUGUAAAAACCUCUCCUUUCACGCGCUAUUUUGCUAAUCGUUCCGAGACCUUUUCUUGACAUUCUACUUGAAAAAUCACUCAGGUUACUAUGAAAACCUCUUCUUUCACGCGGUAUUUCUCAUCGUUUCGAGACCUUUUCUUAAAAUCUGCUUAAAAAUCACCUAGACUACUGUAAGAACCUCUCCUUUCAUGCGCUGUUUUCUCAUCUUUCCGAGACCUUUUCUUGACAUUCCAUUUAAAAAAUCACUCAGGUUACUGUAAAAACCUCUUCCUUCACGCGGUAUUUCUCAUCGUUCCGAGAUUUUUGAAAUUCUGCUUAAAAAUCACCUAGGCUACUGUAAAAACCUCUCCUUUCACGCGCUAUUUCGCUAAUCGUUCCGAGACCUUUUCUUAAAAUUCUGCUUAAAAAUCACCUAGGCUACUGUGAAAACCUCUCCUUUCACGCGCUAUUUUCUCAUCGUUCCGAGACCUUUUCUCGAAAUUCUACUUAUCUUUGGGAGAAACGUGUAGUUACUUUGAUAUGGUCUGCACGGAGCCUAAGUUCAAGGCUAAUUUGUAACUCAAAGGGGCCUGGUCUGUCUGCGCUCUCCACCGACCAGGCACUGUUUCUCUUUCAAAAGCGUGCCAGGACCUUUUUUCAAAUCAUUUUCGAAUUCAUCACGCCUACUCAGUGAUAUUUUUCGCAUUUCAGAUCGUUCCGCUUCAGUUUCGAUGUGCCAAACGGUUUUGACAUCUCCGGAUUAAAAUCGACGAUUACCCCAGAAAGGGUCCUUGUUUUCGAGGCUCCUAAAGCGUCCCAGAACUUCACCAAAAUCAUUCCUCUCAUCGUUAAGCGUCAGGAAGCUAAUGAUGGAAAAUAA